UAGUAAUCCAAAAGAUGCCGAAAGCUGCCGCACCUCGGCAUCUUUUUUGCGACGAAUAACUAAACCUUCUCCAUUGUUGAAUAGAUAAUUUAGAUAAGCUGUUUCUAUCGUCCCUUGCGCUCAGCUGUAUGUAUUCAUACAGUUAUUUUUAGCUCUCGUUGUUGUAAUCCAUCUCGAAGGGACAAACACCUGAGUUCAAUUCUAACAGCUGCAAGCUUAAUCUAACACCAUGGGCGGAAAGAUAGAAGCAUAUUUCGACUGCUCCUCUCUGUAUUCUUACUUCGCUUUCCUGCACCUGCUCAGGAACCGCGAGGUGCUAGAAUCCUAUGGCAUAGAGAUCGACAUAUUUCCAGUUUUCUUGGGUGGAAUCAAUGCUGGCUCAGGCAAUACACCCCCCUGGACAAACCCCGUCAAGGCAAAAUACAGCAAAUAUGACGGUAAACGGGCCGCCAAUUAUUUCAAAGUCAAACCCAUAGUUCCUCCACCAUUCUUCCCGCCUCUUACAAUUCUACCCCAACGCGUCGCUACCUAUAUCAAAGCCAACUACCCGCGCGACCGCUUCGAGAAAACCUUCCUCCUCUACUGGACCUACAUGUUCUACCGGCAAAUCGAUCUCAGCAAGCCUGAGAACGUGAUCGCCCUGCUCCACGAGGAGAAGUACAGCGACGCGCAAAUCGAGGCCAUCAUGAAAGCUGCGCAGAGCCCUGAGGGGAAGCAGGCGCUGACGGACCGGACGAAGGAGGCGCUGGACCGGGGCGCGUUUGGCGCGCCGUGGUAUUGGGUGACGAAUGCGGAGGGGAAGGCUGAGCCGUUCUUUGGCAGUGAUCGGUUUCAUUUUAUGUGGCAGUUUCUAGGGGUGCCGUUUCGGGAUGUGGAGAUUGUAGGGAAGGGGGCGAAGUUGUGAGAGGGUGAGGGGGUGAGGGGGUGCGGGUAGAGUGCAUGGGGGAUAUGUUAUGGGUGUGAUAUACAAUGAUUAGAUUUGACUGGCAACAUAUAAUGUCGUGUGGAUAUAUUAUUAAACUAGGUCGAUUUGUGGACAUAUCAUGGUUGAUACAAGAGUUCAAAUAAACAUUAAACAUGUAUGUUUCUUCAUUUCUUCGCUGAGCGCUCUAUCAUCCGAAGAAAACAAAGUCAGACUCGUAAUACAUCAGGCAUACCCAUCAUAUCAACAACGCCUCUGAUACCCAUAGAGGCUUUCAAAGUAUAGACA